AUGGGCAGGCCGGAGGGGUUGGCCAGGCCACCUCUGGUGUCAGCUAUGGCGCUUUCCCUCCUGGCUCUCUCUUUCCUCUCCAGCGGGGUCUGCGGCCUCCCUCAGCCCCUGCCAAGAGUCUUCCUUUCCUUUGAGGACCUGCAGGCCUCCCCGUCCUUUGAACACUACAGCAUUUCCGACAAACCGAUGGACUACAGGAUCCUGCAGAUGGACGAGGACCAGGACAGGAUGUACGUGGGCUGCAAAGAUCACAUCCUCUCCAUGGACAUCAACAACAUCACCCAUGGCACGCUCAAGGUGUUCUGGCCCGCGUCUACGAGCAAGGUAGAGGAAUGCCAAAUGGCAGGAAAGGACCCCACGCACGGCUGUGGGAACUUUAUCCGAGUGGUGCAGCCAUACAACAGAACUCAUCUGUUCAUGUGUGGCAGCGGAGCGUACAGUCCCGUCUGUGUGUACAUCAACCGGGGACGCAGACCAGAGGAACAAGUAUUCCACAUUGACUCCAGGACCGAAUCGGGGAAAGGGAGGUGCUCGUUCAACCCUCAAGUGAACACGGUCUCCGUCAUGCUCAAUCAGGAGCUGUUCUCGGGCAUGUACAUUGACUUCAUGGGGACAGAUGCUGCCAUCUUCAGGAGUCUGACAAAGAGAAACGCAGUGCGGACGGACCAGCACAACUCUAAGUGGCUCAGUGAGCCUAUCUUCAUUGACGCCCACCUGAUACCAGAUGGAACAGACCCCAAUGACGCCAAAUUGUACUUUUUCUUCCGCGAGAGGCUUACAGAUAACAGUGGGAAUACUAAAAAUAUCCACACCAUGGUGGCCAGAGUGUGUCCGAGUGACAUUGGAGGACAGCGGAGCCUUGUGAACAAGUGGACCACUUUCCUGAAGGCCCGGAUGGUGUGUUCGGUCCUGGAAGAAGACGGAACUGAAACCCACUUUGACGAACUGGAAAGUAUGUUUUUGCUGGAAACCGAUCAGCCCAAGGGCCUGUUGGUGUUCGGAGUCUUCACAUCCACAAGCUCCGUGUUUAAAGGCUCCGCGGUGUGUGUGUACAACAUGGCCGACAUCCUCACCGUCUUCAACGGGCCGUUCGCUCACAGAGACGGGCCAAACUUUCAGUGGGUGGCUUUCCAGGGACGCAUCCCCUACCCGAGGCCCGGAACUUGUCCCGGUGGAGCCUUCACACCCAACAUCCAGACGACAAAGGAGUUCCCAGACGACGUGGUGACCUUUGUACGGAACCAUCCGGUCAUGUUCAACCCCAUCUACCCAGUAGGGAGGAGGCCCCUAGUGGUCCGGACCAACGCUGACUACAAGUACACAUCGGUAGCAGUUGACCAAGUCAUGGCUGCGGACGGCAACUACCAAGUGCUCUUCCUAGGCACAGACAAAGGUACAGUACAGAAGGUGAUUGUGCUGCCCAGCAAUCAUUCCCUGCAUGAAGAUCUAAUACUGGAGGAGCUGGAAGUAUUUAAGAACCAAGCUCCUGUUACAAACUUGAGAAUAUCUUCAAAAAAGCAACAGCUGUACGUCAGCUCCGAGUUCGGGGUCUCGCAGGUCUCCCUACACCGUUGUCACGCUUACGGCUCGGCUUGCGCUGACUGCUGCCUUGCCCGGGACCCCUACUGUGCCUGGGACGGGCUCACUUGCUCUCGCUUCUAUCCCACCGGCAAAAGGAGAAGCAGGAGGCAGGACAUUAUGCAUGGAAAUCCACUUACUCAAUGCAGAGGAUUCAACCUAAAAGCCUACAGAAAUGCUGUGGAGAUGACACAGUACGGAGUGAAAAACAACACCACCUUCCUGGAGUGCAUUCCCAAGUCUCCUCAGGCCUCUAUUCGCUGGCUGAUUCAGAGGGACAAUGACAGGAGGAAAGAGGUUAAGCUUUGUGAUCGUGUCCUCUCCACCGAGCACGGCCUCCUCAUCCGCUCCGUCCAGCUCUCCGACCAGGGCCUCUACUACUGCCUGACCACGGAGAACAGCUUCAAGCGCACCGUCGCCAAAAUCCGCCUGCGAGUGCUGAGCGAGGCGAUGGUGAGCGUGCUGACGGACAAGCAGCAGUCGCCGUGGGCCUGGGCCAGCUCGCUGCACCCCAAGGUCCUUUUGUCGGCCUUCAGUCCAGCGGAGAGCAUGGCCGUGCAGCAAUACUGCAAAGAGAGGAAGGAGCUGCAGAAGCUGCAGCAGAGGCAACUGCAGCAGCCACCUCCGCCGCCCGGACCUCUCAGGGGGGAUCUGGCCAAACUGAAACCGCUGCUGGACCGGAGGAAGAGCCGCAACCGUCGUAAUCACAUCCCCGAGGUGUGACGCAGAGACAGUCUCAAACCACCAUCCUUAUUUUCCAACUCUCAUCUCAAACUGCAGAACUUCACUGUGGAUGUACAGUUCAAUGAGGAGGUUGGUGGUGGGGAAUAAUCCGGGUUGUUUUUUUUCUUGCAUGAGGUACUGUGACCAGAUGGCUGUGAACUACAAUAACACACAUGCACGCACAAGCCGUCCGUUCGCUGUGGCAGCCACAGAACAAGGCCCCUGUUCAGAGUGCGGCUAAAAAAAAAAAAAAAACUGUGUUCUUCACUACACCUUGAGACGCUGCUAUGUUUAAUUAUCUUUCUUUAUUCAAGAACUUAAAACGGGAAAAAUUUGACCCGCCAGAUAUAAUCUCACAAUGGAUUUGCUCUUUGUUGG